GUUCACAAGCUCAAGCAAGCACCCUGUGUGUGUGAGUGUUUACAAAUUCGCUCUCCUGCACCACUUUGACAAUAGUUUUUUUUUUCAAACCAUGGCCAAGUAUACUACUUUGUCCAGUCUUUUAAUCCUUCUUCUGAACUUGGGGACUUUGCUAACUACACUUGCAUGCCCUUACUGUCCGUACCCAACGCCUCCUUCCAUACCACCACCCAAAUUGCCUCCCUUGCCACCCCAACAUCCUUCUAAACCACCACCCAAACCUCCGGCUGUGAAACCGCCUUACGUCCCCAAACCACCCGUCGUUAAACCCCCAUAUGUGCCCAAACCACCUAUUGUUCGACCACCAUAUGUGCCCAAACCACCCGUUGUUAAACCACCACCAUUUGUGCCCAAACCACCCGUUGUUAAGCCACCCUACGUGCCCAAACCUCCAAUUGUGAUGCCGCCGCCUUACGUCCCCAACCCUCCAAUAGUAAAGCCGCCGCCUUAUGUCCCCAGCCCUCCAAUAGUAAAACCACCUUCUCCACCAAUUGUGGUGCCACCACCACCGACACCAAUUGUGAUGCCUCCUUCUCCCCCGGUUGAAAAGCCAUGUCCUCCUCCUCCGCCGCCAGAAACGCCAUGUCCACCACCACCCCCAAUGGUGGUGCCAUUCCCUCCUCAUCCUCCGGCACAACAAACGUGCCCAAUCGACACUCUCAAACUAGGGGCGUGUGUGGACGUGUUAAGUGGCCUAGUUCAUAUUGGAAUCGGAAGCAGCGCUAAGGACACUUGUUGUCCAGUGUUGCAAGGACUAGUGGACUUAGAUGCAGCUGUAUGUCUUUGCACAACCAUUAAGGCAAAGCUUCUGAAUAUUAACAUUAUUAUACCAAUUGCUCUUCAAGUCCUUGUAGACUGUGGGAAAACACCUCCUUCUGGUUUCCAGUGUUCUGCUUAAGCUUGUUAAGGUACAGCUGCAAACCUUCCACACCCAAUAAAAUCCAGCAUUCUGAACCCAGUUAUGUAUUUACUAGUCUUCUUAUUUAUUUAUUUUUAUUUUUGGUUUUUUUUUUUUUUGUUUCUGUGUUUGUAAGCUGUUGAUCCUAUACAAUAUAAACUGGAUUUUGUAUGGAA